AUGCAAUCCUCAAAAGGAUUAAUGUUUCUGCAACUGUCUGUUAGCACUGAAAAAGGUGACCGUUUAACGAAGGAGACAAAACAACGAAUUGAUCUUUGUGCAUUAUUAAAGACAACGAAAAAGGAGGUUCAUAAGAAGGUCAACGAUGAAAUGAAUAUGCACGCUGAGGUGCUCAAUGCAGCCGAGAUUUACCGCGUGCCUACAGUGUCAGAUUUUAUUGAUAGUGUCUUAGAGCGUAAAAUGUUGGAUAGGAAAAUAAAAAUGCAAAAUCGUAAAAUGAGCUUAGCCAAGUCAGUUUUUGAUUUCAUUUGCAAAGUCAACCACUUAUUCUUAAUAAGUGAAAAUAAUAACAUGAAUCCUAUUGUUCCAGGUUGUCGUCCAUGUAUCUGA